AUUGUCUGGUUCACUGUGAGUUUUAAACCAAAGUAAAGUUAUCAAGAUUUUGUAUCAAGACAUGUCAGAUACUUUGAAGAAUCCGGUGAUUAAGCUGAAACUACUCAUAGAUGAAGAGAAAAACAAGGUUGUAUUCGUUGAGGCGGGUAAAGAUUUUGUCGAUAUACUCUUUAGUUUUUUAACAUUUCCAAUGGGAAAGAUUGUUAGAUUGAUAGAGAUGCAUCAGAAGUCACAAUCAAUAGCAAUAGGCUGUUUCAACAAUAUCUAUGCAAGUGUUUUGAGUAUGGGCAUGAAGCAUUUCAGGACUGAAGCUUGUAAGCAUAUGCUUUUGUAUCCGGGCAGUUUGAAUCAGGAGAAAUGUCGAAACCUCAAGAUGAGGAUCGAUGAUUCUGAGCCUACAAAGUGUUUCAUGUGCCCUAUGUUUGAGCGAAGCGGGCAAUGUUGUAAAUGGUAUAGCAAUUUUAAUACGUCGAGAUGUAGCUGUGGGAAUUUGAUGGAUGAAGUGAUUCAUUUUCAAGGAGAAGGAGGUGGAGCUACAAUAGGAAAAGGUGUUGAAGGUGGAGUAUUUGUGAGGAGUGAUCAUACUUCAUUCGUAAUCACCGAUGAUUUGAAAGUGGAAGUUAGCUCUGUUGAGUUAACACUUAACGUUCUUAAAGAUCUUGGCUACACAGAUUGUAAUAAGUUGGUUGAGAGGAUUCACAACUUUAACUUCGAAGAGGUAACGACUUUGUUUGAGUGCUUAUUCACAUCGGAUACUCCAUUGACCGAUACAUUUCUGAAAAAGAAAAGCUCAUGUGGCAUGAAGAGAAUUCACAAACCGCUGAGUCCUGCCCUCUGUGAAGAUAUAGAGGAAUCAAAAGCUCAUCAAACGAUUACGCUAAAUGCCUAUGUUAGGAAGAAGGAAGGGAACAUUCUGUUUGUUGAAUGUGGUGAAGAUUUUGUUGAUCUUCUCUUUACUUUUCUUGCUAUGCCUCUAGAAACCGUAUGGAGAAUGGUUGGCAAUGGAACCAUCCUUGGAUGCAUUGGAAACUUGUGCAGAAGCUUCAAGGAUUUAAGUAUUGUUUCUAGUAGAGAAGCUAAAUGUGUACUUCCUCACUACUACAAGUGUCAUAAGCAGCUGCUUGAUGUUGUCACACCCCAUGAGCCACCAACUUACUACAUUUAUGUUUCCUUCUACGUGGAUCAUUUUAGAGAGUACAAUUUGUCUGAAAACUCUGAUAAGCCACUUGUUUAUGAGUGGGAUAAACUUGUGCCUGUGAUUUCGAUAGAUCCAAAAUUUGAAGGUGAUGGUAACACUACUGAUAAGUCAACAACAUCUAGUGGUGGAUUUAUGAAGAGAGGGACAAAGUUUAUGGUAACAGAUGAUUUGAUCAUUACACCUUCAAAUUCAACCUCAACCAUUGGACUGCUAAAGGAAAAACAGGUCCGGUUAGACGAUGUUGAGGUUCAAGUGAUCAUCAUUAGGAAAGAAGAGGCCAUUAGGUUAUUAGAAGCUUCAUUGGUGACAUUUUCUGCCUUAAGCACUAGUCUUCUAGCUAUGGAAAUUGCUUCAACAAGUGUUCCUCAAAGCCGACUUUUUAAGAAGCCAAAGAUUGAGACUUGAGAAGCAAUGUUUAACACGAAACUUAGUUCUUGCUAAGUUUGAUUGCUAGUGAAUCUUUUGAUAGCUUGUGAAUGCUCUCAGUUACUUAAAUAGUUCCUUUCAUUCACAGAAUUUUCAUCACCAGUCACCAUGACUCUGAUCUAUGCUCAAUGUAGUAAAAGAGACAAAAAAUU